GCCGUCGUACGAACCUCUACCCUCCGAGUCGGACGCACAGCCUGAGCCACAGCCUCCCUCUGCUCCCCAGAAAACUCGCUCGCGUCUGGUGACUGUCCGCAGAAUCCUCCUCUUUGCCGUCACCAUCACCCUCGUCUCUCUAGCAGCCUACCGAUCGGAGCAGUGGUCCGCGGGAAGAGAAGUGGUUCCUGAUUUGGCACCGGAUAUCUCAUCUGGGAACAUCGAGGAAGACGUGGUUAAGGAACCCGCACUACCAAGUGUACUACCCGCGAACGAUACAGACAUGGCUUCGGGCGGAAAGUACAGCGUCGGCUACUUCGUAAACUGGGGAAUCUAUGGCAGAAAGUACCCGCCGUCAAUGAUUCCGGUCGACAACCUGACACACAUUCUCUACGCAUUCGCGAACCUCAAAGCCGACACCGGAGAAGUCUUCCUGUCAGAUACCUGGGCCGACCAAGAGAUCCACUACCCCGGUGAUUCCUGGAAUGACCAGGGCAAGAACUUGUAUGGCAACUUCAAGGCGCUUUACAAUCUCAAGAAGCAGAACCGUCACCUCAAGCUGAUCCUCUCUAUCGGCGGAUGGACGUACUCCCCGACUUUCCACCCCAUUGUCGUAAACCCCGCGCUGCGCUCGAAGUUCGUGGCGUCUUCGAUUCGGCUGCUGGAGGACAAUGGACUCGAUGGGCUCGAUAUCGACUACGAAUAUCCGCAGAACGACGAACAAGCUCGCGGUUACGUGCAGCUGCUGCGCGAGCUCCGGGAAGGCCUAGACGCCCAUGCGCGGCGAAAGGGCGCGAACUACAGGUUCCUAUUGACAAUCGCAGCACCGUGUGGCCCUGAUAACUACAAGAAGCUGCAUGUGCGCGAAAUGGACCAGUCCCUUGACUUCUGGAAUAUGAUGGCAUACGACUUCGCCGGUUCUUGGGACAGCGUCGCAGGCCAUCAGGCGAACAUCUUCGGGGGCCAGAUCAGUGCCUCCCAGGCUAUCAACUGGUACAUCUCUCAGGGUGUCGCGCGCGACAAGAUCGUCAUGGGCGUUCCCCUCUACGGACGAAGCUUCAUGAACACAGAGGGGCCAGGCCACCCCUUCCAGGGCGUCGGACCCGGCAGCUGGGAGCAAGGCUCAUACGACUACCGCGCGCUGCCGCUGCCCGGAUCAUACCUGUUCCAGGACGACAAGCUCGCGGCGAGCUGGUCGUACGACUACCAGAAGAAGGAAAUGAUCAGCUUCGACAAUGAGCUCGUCGGACGCUGGAAGGGCGAGUGGAUCAAGCGCGAGGGCCUUCGCGGCAGCAUGUUCUGGGAACUGAGUGGGGACAAGGGGCCCCCGCGCGAUGGCAUGGAGGCUGGCCCAGGAAAGGAGGCGCAGCCGGGCCAGAGCCUCGUCGCGGUCGUCAAGGACGCGAUGGGCGAGCUCGACCGCAGCCCGAACUGGCUGCAGUACGAGGGGAGCCAGUAUGACAACAUGAGGGCGGGGAUGCCGUAAGAUCCGCGUGGACCCGCGCGUGGCGAAUACCAGUACGGUACGUAUCAGAUAAUGGACAUUGCUUCUCAACGGCAUGCACUGUACGAAUAUAAUGGGUAAAUCUCUUGCUUGUAUGGCGCCUCAUAGACGUAAGGGUCUUCUGCACGAGGC